AUGGAUCGAAACUCAAUUUCAUAUAAUCGAGUAGAUGAAGAAGAAGAUGAUGAAAUUUCAAGUAUAGAUUCCAAUUCCAAUUCGAGACUAAUGGAAUCACCUAAAUUCCACUCUGAUUCUAUAAACAAAGGGGAAGCAACGAAGGAAACUAAAACUGGGAUCUCCAAGCCACCAGAUUUGAGGUUUUUAGCUAGUGCUAAUUUUUCAUCUGAUUCAUUACCUGACACCAAUAAUUCUGUGUUCAAUCCAUUUGGUGGUGGUACGCCAAGUGCAUGUUUAAGUCCUACGACUAAUGGUCCUAACUUUAAUGAAAGAAGAUAUUCGAAUUCAUCGUUGACCAACUCACCUAUAUUGCAGCCAUCAGCUUCAUCGCAUAUAAGAUCAAAUUCUAAUUCAGGAAGAGCUAGGCCCAAGUCGGCCAUAUUUAUGAUGGAUUCCAAUCAUUAUCCAAUUUCAGAGGAUGGUAGCCCAGUACAAUCAGCAUUGAAUACUCCGCGGGCCAGAAAUUCUAUUCACCUCGCUACUACUAAGAACAACUACUUACCCCCGCCUACAAUUGUUCCUCCGAUUGCUCCUCUGUCGUCAUCAAGAUCUUCGUCACCCACAAGAUCGUCGUCUCCUACAAGAUCGGCACGUUCAUACAGAUCAAAGUCUCCUGUUCGUCGAUCAUCAUCUCCUAGUAAGAACUACCUGCCUUUUAAUUUUCAGCCACAAGAACUUAUGAAUAAUGGUCCCCAGACAUUGCUGGUAAAGCCCGCGCAUAGAAAAGGACAUAAAUACAAGCAUUCCUCUGUUUCUAUGAAUUUAUUUCAGGAGCCUCCACCAGCUGUGAAUGCAGAUAAUGAAUUACUAACUAUUGCUGAUCUGUAUCCAAUUCCAACCUUCAAAGAAUCACUUGCAUCCAUUAAACCUAGUCAAAAAUCUAAAUUAUUAUGGUCAUUUUGUCAUUUAACUUUAUCGUUAGUUGUCUUUCUAGUUGGUUUUAAGUUUAAAUUACCUUCGUUGUCAACUUUGGCUCAUUUGAUUUUCUACGAUUCGUUGGGAACUUUGGUUAUCGUGUUUGUAGAUAUCAUGUCUAACUUUGAAGUUUGGAAUAAUUCAUCCAUAGCGUACCCAUUUGGAUUGGGACGCCUAGAAGUCUUGGUUGGUUUUGCAUUGAGUGCAUCUUUGAUCAUGGUUGGCUGUGAUUUAAUUAGUCAUUCCUUAGAGGAAUUUGUCAUUUCUGUGGUGGUAAAAGAUACCUCAGUUGAGCAUGAUGGCGAACAGCACCUGUCACAUCAUAUCCAUGGAGAACAUGGACAUCUGGCUAAUUGGUUUAUAUAUGAAUUGAUCUUAGUUGUUACUAUAGUUGUAACUCUAAUAACUUCUAGGUAUAUUUUAGCCUACGAUAGAAUUAGUGAAAUGAUAUCGUCGUCUGAUGAAAAUGCUACUUUAGUUGGAUCAAACCGUAAACCGAAAGGGGGUCUUUUGGACAGAGAAAUGAAGAAAAUUGAAUCAGAAGCAAAGCCUUUAAGUUUACAGGGCUUGCAAAAGUUUGCCAACAUUAUGGCCAAAAAUCCCACUCAUUUAUUGACAUUAACGUAUUCCAUUUGUUUAAUGGCCGUCCCAUUACUCCCAUCCAGCAUAAUUUCACAAAUUAACAUAGAUAUAGAUGAAGCUACUACCUUAGUUAUUGCUCUAUUAUUAUGUUACAGUGGAUGGAAGCUAGUAAAAUUAUUGGGUGGUGUAUUGUUAUUGUCAUAUCCUUACUCUGACUACGAUUAUCAUGUCUUGAAAUCAUCAAUAAUCGAUAAAAUAUUAAGCCUUGACUGUUAUAAAACUUCAUACAAUAUUGAGAAGCUAUUCAUAUCUAAAUUCAAUUAUGAAUUGUAUGUUGUUGGUUUGAAGAUAACUAUGAAAGGUGGUAAUCCGGAUGAUGAGUCAAGAUUAAGAUUUGAAAUUAAUAGAAUUAUUCAGUACUCCGUUGAGAGAGUGGAUCAUAGUGUCAGAACCAAUAAGAUAGAGGUUACUAUUGAUAUCAAUAGGUAUUAG